GCACUCGGGCGCGCGGCUCCCCGGGCGCAGCAGGCACCGUGACAGCGCCGCGCCGGAGCCGAGACUGCCUCCGGGACACCCGCCGAGCUUUGCGCUUCGGUGUCCUUGCACCUGGGGAAAACAGGUGUCUGCUAGAGCUCUUCAUUCCUGGCAGGGACACCCCUGCUCCUCUGCCGCAUCCGCUGUCGAGUCCUACCGCUCUCCACAGCUCACCCUCUCCAGACCUGCCCUGCCGGGAGCGCUCGAAGCGGACCCUGUCCCCAGCACGGCAUCGCCGGGCAGCCUCUGCCGAACAGAAUGUCUCAGUGGUAUCAACUACAGCAACUUGAUUCCAAGUUUUUGGAGCAAGUUCACCAGCUAUAUGAUGACAGCUUUCCUAUGGAGAUCAGGCAGUACCUGGCACAGUGGCUGGAAAACCAGGAUUGGGAACAUGCAGCCAACAAUGUAUCAUUUGCUACACUGUUAUUCCAUGACCUGCUGUCACAGCUUGAUGAUCAAUUCAGUAGAUUCUUGAUAGAAAACAACUUUUUGCUGCAGCACAACAUAAGGAAAAGCAAACGUAAUCUUCAGGAUAACUUCCAAGAAGACCCAAUACACAUGGCAAUGAUCAUCCACAACUGUCUGAAAGAGGAGAGGAAAAUACUGAACUGUGCCCAGGAGUGCAAUGAGAUGGAAGUAGGGAGUGUACAGAACACUGCAACUGGGAUGCCAGACAAGCAGAAGGAGCUUGAUGCCAAAGUUAGGGCUAUAAAAACCAGUGUUACAGAUGUGGAGCAGGACAUCAAGACAUUAGAGGAUAUGCAAGAUGAAUAUGACUUCAAAUGUAAAACCCUGCAGAACAGAGAGCAUGAGUCCAAUAAUAUGUCUCAGGAGGAAUACAAGAAAGAGCAGCUGAAUCUCCAGCACAUGUUCUUAUCACUGGACCACAAGAGAAAGGAGGUGGUGAAUAAGAUAGUGCAGCUGCUGCAGAGCACAGAGCACACACAGGCUGCCCUUAUUAACGACGAGCUGGUGGAGUGGAAGCACAGGCAGCAGACGGCGUGCAUUGGUGGGCCACCCAACGCCUGCCUCGACCAGCUGCAGAACUGGUUCACCAUUGUUGCUGAAAGCUUACAGCAAGUUCGUCAGCAGCUCAAGAAGCUUGAGGAACUGGAACAGAAGUUUACCUAUGACCCUGAUCCCAUCACAAAAAAUAAACAAUUUCUGCAGGACCUAACACACAAGCUUUUUCAACAGCUCAUCCAAAGCUCCUUUGUGGUAGAGAGGCAGCCUUGCAUGCCAACGCAUCCUCAGAGGCCACUAGUCCUGAAGACAGGAGUGCAGUUCACUGUGAAGCUGAGAUUGCUGGUGAAACUGCAGGAACUGAACUACAACUUGAAAGUGAAAGUUUUAUUUGAUAAAGAUGUAACUGAGAAGAACUCGGUCAAAGGGUUCAGGAAAUUUAAUAUUUUGGGAACAAACACAAAAGUAAUGAACAUGGAAGAAUCUACUAAUGGAAGUCUUGCAGCAGAAUUCAGGCACUUGCAACUGAAAGAACAGAAAAACACCGGGAGCAGAACAAAUGAGGGUCCUCUGAUUGUAACAGAAGAGCUUCACUCUCUGAGUUUUGAGACACAGCUGUGCCAGCCUGGUUUGGUAAUAGACCUAGAGACCACAUCCCUUCCCAUUGUUGUGAUCUCAAAUGUGAGCCAGCUUCCCAGUGGAUGGGCUUCUAUCUUGUGGUUCAACAUGCUGUCUACUGAUCCCAAGAACCUGUCCUUCUUUCUGAAUCCACCUUAUGCAAAGUGGUCUAAGCUUUCUGACGUUCUGAGUUGGCAGUUUUCUUCUGUAACAAAGAGAGGACUGAAUGCAGAUCAGCUGAGCAUGCUGGGGGAGAAGCUUCUUGGGCCAACAAAUGGAGGAUCUCAGGAGGGCCUUAUUCCUUGGACAAGAUUCUGCAAGGAAAAUAUAAAUGAUAAAAAUUUCCCCUUUUGGCUGUGGAUUGAGGGAAUCCUGGAGCUUAUUAAGAAACAUCUCCUGUGUCUCUGGAAUGAUGGCUGCAUUAUGGGCUUCAUCAGCAAAGAGAAGGAACGUGCUCUGCUGAAGGACCAGAGCCCAGGAACAUUUUUAUUGAGGUUCAGUGAAAGCAGCAGGGAGGGAGCAAUCACCUUUACCUGGGUAGAGGAAUCUCAGAAUGAGCCACAGUUCCACUCGGUAGAGCCCUACACCAAGAAGGAGCUCUCUGCCGUGACCUUCCCCGACAUCAUCCGCAAUUACAAAGUGAUGGCAGCCGAGAACAUCCCUGAGAACCCACUGCGAUUCCUGUACCCCAACAUCCCCAAGGACAAUGCCUUUGGCAAAUACUACUCCAGGCCUAAGGAGGCACCAGAGCCAAUGGAUUUGGAUGGUCCCAAGGGAACCGGCUACAUCAAGACUGAGUUAAUCUCUGUAUCUGAAGUCCACCCUUCCAGGCUGCAGUCCCCAGAAAACCUGCUGCCCAUGUCUCCCGAGGAGUUCGAUGAGGUGUCUCGGAUGGUGGACCCCGCUGAGAUCGAUACUGUGAUGUGUACACAUAUCCAGCUCUGAGCUUUGGCUGCGCUUUCCCUGCGCCGUUAGCACGGCCGAUCCGCUUCACGCCUCCUGUGCUGCAGCCAGUGCCUUGGUGACAGCGCUUCACUUCUUUGGGUUCUCAGCCUGAACGUCCUGCAGCAGUUUUAGCUGAUGGGAAUAUCAACAGCAGCAGCCUGAGCAGCCUCCUUACCUGCAUAUCUUUGUUUAAUUAGCAAGAUACCCUGCACAUCUUUGUUUAAUUAGCAAGAUACCGCGCCAGAGUGGAGGAAGAGGAAGGUGAGAAUGUGAGCUCCUCAACGACAGUGAUGGCAGAAACAUGCAUUCAUUGUUUGAAGGAAUUAGUUAAAUGUUUAAAACAGUUAACUGUACGUAGAAGGCUUCAAAGAAAAGCUGGUUCUUUUGCAGAGGUUCUGUUCAGAAAGCUUACACCUUGAAUUUUUGUCUGCAUCACAAAAGGGAAGCACUCCACAGACACCAUGCCACACCAAAUCCACGUGCUGCUGAAGGUUGUUGGGCUUUUAGCUCUUCUGGGCAUGGCCCAUGGAGAGAGCAGAAGCCCAAGCCUUGACCUGCAUUUCAUUUUCACAAUUUUCACAAGGCAUAAUCUUGUGUAGGAUGUUUAGCACAAUCUUUCUCAAAAAAAGCAUUUCGUAGGACACCACUUUCAAGCUGCACUGGCACAUGCUGAGCUUGGAACCCAAGGUGUAUAAUCAAGACUAAAGCCUCUGCAGACUGCAGUCAUCAGACAAAAUCAGAACCUCCUCUUAGAAGACUGCAAAAGGGAUUGGUCUGUUUUUAUUUACUGUGCCUAAUCUGCCAAGGUGAGGAUCUGGUCACCCCUAUCUUUUGCAAUAAUACAGAAUAAUGUAGGUUGUAACAGGUGGAAUGGAAUCCACUUUUCUCAUGCAUUAUGAACCAGGGCAUUUAUUUAACUGUUAAUUUGAAUAGCUAAAAUACUUUACAGGUUUUGAUAAUGAAGUGGUUUUGUAAUUAGGCACAGGAAAGUGAAGAAGUUGUUAAGAGGCAAGGCUGUUCAGGCAGCUGCUCUCCUCUGAGGGUACCUAUUAGUGCAGGCUGCUAAUUAGCAGGGAGCUGAGCAGAGCCCUCGUGCUGCACCCCAUCUGUCCAGGCACAGGAACACUGCAGGGGCCCUGCCUGAGCAGGGGGUGGGACAAGGAGACCUCCAGAGGCCCCUCCAGACCCAUCAGCUGCUGUCUGGGGAAAAAAGGACUGCUUCAGUUUGGUGUGUUGUGCCAAGACAUCUGAUUGCCCCCUGAAAGAGCUGCACAGAAAAAUUAAAGGACCUAGAGCAUGUAACACAUGUAUUUAAGUGAAAGCAUUGCAAACUGACUUAUUUUUGGUGUCCUGGGUUACUGAGAUUAACAGUGCUACAGGAAAUGACUUAAUGCUUUUAUCUUACUGUGUAUCUGUUGCUAAUGCAAAAAUCAAGUUGUUUUUUGAGCUAUGCUUUGUAUUCAUGUUCUACAAGUCAUUUUAUUCUUCAGUUUUGUGGGACUUAAAGCAGUGGCCUUAUUCACAACUUGGUCUUUCCACAGCCAAUAGUUCUAGAAGCAGUGACUUUUCUUCAAUGGAAUAUUCUUUUAUACAUUUUAAAUAAAAGGAACUGUCAGUUGCCACGUUUGUUCUCUCUCUCGUGUUUUGGCUACUUCUGUUAUAAAGUGCAUGUGCCAGACAGUAUUUUACUACUCUGUAUCUCAUUUUAAACUUGUUUGUGUAACUAAAGCGUUACAGCUCUGAAGCCUGAGGCAGUAUUGAUGCUUUUAAUUCUCUGUAUUGUUGCAGGUCUGUCUGCACUGGAGUUCUUAGAAGGUGGCUAUUACCUUUUUUUAAUUACUGCUUGUAUCACUUCAUUCAUUUGUUUCCAUCCCCACACAACCUUCAAUAAACUGAACUUGAAUUUCUAA